UUCGCUGAUUUUCAUCACGGGAUUAACAAUCAGCAUUGAGUUAAGUACAAAGUCCAAAGAAAGCUCAAUCCUGCCGUUUCACCUCCCACUCCCACACCCUCUCUACAAUGUCAACAUUCAAUGGACCUUCACUCUCUGGUGCAGAGUUCACACUUCCUCGUCACGUUCAAAUCCUGUUUCUUCAUCAAAAUGUUGUUUCUUGUUUCCUUACCUGCGAAAAUGUUGAGAGAACGAAGGCUAGAUGUGUACAAUGAUUCUCGAAGACUUCAGUGAAAUAAACUGGCAAAUCAUUGAACUGAAAGUGUUCAGCAGCGCAGAAACGCCCAACGUGAAACUAAAUUUAAUUAGAAAGUGCUGAGUGUGAACAUGGCUUCCAGACAGCAGCAUCAGAGACUGACCGAGGAGACAAUUUGUCCCAUUUGCCUGGAUUUCUUCACCGAGCCGGUUGUACUGGAUUGUGGACACAAUUUCUGCCGCUCCUGUCUCACCCAGAAUUGGGAAAAGAAGGAGAUAAACUCCUGCCCGGAAUGUAGAGAGGAGUUUCCGGAAAGAACCCUCAGGGUAAAUCGGGCCUUAGUGAAUCUGGCCGAGGAGGCUCGAAAGUUGAAGCUGGAUCCGAAAGAGAAGGAAAGUAAACCUCACUGUGAGAUACAUCGGGAAGAUCUGAAGCUGUUUUGUGAAACUGACAAGAAAUUGAUCUGUCUGAUUUGUCGAGAUUCGCGGGAACACGGAGAUCACCACUUCAUUCCGAUCAAUGAAUCUGUUGAAAUCUAUAAGGAUCAGCUGAAAUCUUCCUUAGAUUCUCUCACAGAGAAGAAAUCGGCGGCUCUACAAACGGAGCUGAACCAGAAACGGAAGAUUUCCGAAGUGAGGGAGCAAGCGAGCAGUCUGCAGACCCACAUCACAUCCGAGUUCACUAAAAUGCACCAGAUUCUCAAUGAGAAAGAGCAGCGAUUACUCCGAGAUGUCAGGGAAGAAGAGGAGAGGAUUCUAGAGCCAAUGCAGAAAAACCUUCGAGAGAUUCAGGAGAAUUUAAACUCUAUUGAGGAGAAACUCUCAAAGUUGCAGAAACAGAUGGAGCAAACAGACGAGCUGAUAUUUCUGAAGGAGGAAGCUUGUCGGAAGAGAAGGGUUAGUGAGGAGGAGAAGACACUCUCAGCUUCUGAUGCUUCUCUGUCGAUUGGAAAGUUCACUGGCCCAUUACAGUACACAGCCUGGAGAGAAAUGAUCCACUGCAUUCACCCAGCUCCAGCCUCUCUCACUCUGGACCCGAACACAGCGCAUCCCCGGCUCAUCCUGUCUGAGGACCGGACCAGUGUGAGACUCGGACACAAACCACAGCCGCUCCCUGACUCCCCGGAGAGAUUUGAUCCCUGGCUCAGUGUCCUGGGAUCAGAGGGAUUCACAUCAGGGAGACAUUACUGGGAGGUGGAAGUGGGGGUGAAGACCGGGUGGAAUCUGGGAGUGGUCCGGGAGUCUGUGGAGAGGAAAGGGGGGAUCCACCAGGAGGAGGAGACCGGAUUCUGGAUUGUGGCGCUGAUUCCCGGAAAAGGUUACUUUGCCUCCACCUCCCCCUCAGUGACCCCCUUCUCCCCGAGUGGGAAUCCCCGGAAGAUCGGGGUUUUCCUGGACUAUGAGGGUGGACAGGUGUCAUUUUACAAGGCGGUCACCAUGUCCCAUCUCCACACUUUCACCCACACUUUCACUGACAGGAUCUUUCCCUUCUUCAGUCCGGGGUGGAAUAUUGACGGGAAUAACUCCGCCCCGCUGUCAAUCUGCGGGAUUAAAGGACACACUGAUCCAUCACAUAAUCCCUGAGGCUGUGAGCUGCAGGAACCCGGGGACUUUGAGCCUGUCAUGUUGCUCCACAGGCGGAAGGUGGCGCUACAUGACGGUGUUGGAGAUGAAUCAGUCAGUGGUUCUCAGACUGGGCUCAGUGGUGUCUUUCCAGGGGGACACCAAACCAUUUCACUGCAGGGUCAGCGGUGUCUUUCCAGGGGGACACCAAACCAUUUCACUGCAGGGUCAGUGGUGUCUUUCCAGGGGGUUCAAAGGGUUAAAUCACAAUAAAAAUCCAAGGCUGGUUUUCUUCAGACUCCCAUGAUGCUGCAGUAAUGUACAUCCCACACAUGUUUUACUGGCAAUGAGAAACCGGACAUGAUUUCCUCAGAUUGUAAAUGUUGUCUAAAAUGUCACUGCUUUGUCAAAAAAAUGCAGGGAAGGAAAUUCCUUUGUCUGUCAAAAGCGAUUUUACAUGAGAAUAGGAACUUGUCUUGGAAGUAUUUAAAACAUGUACUUGGGGUGAGACUGAUGCAAGUACUGAUUUGAAUCCUGUCAGAAUUGAAAGUGCUUGGUGGACUGAUUGGCUGUGGAAUUCAUGCUCACAUAAUAAAUAAUAAUUUUAUAAUCAGCUCAAUUGGUGCACAUUGGAAUGUAGGUGUUGUGACCAUUAUCAUUUAUCCUUGAAUUAUUUCUAUCUCAUCAUUAUAUAUUAUGAAAAUAAUUCUAAAGUCAGUCGACUGUAAAUGGAUUUAAAGUGAUUGGCAGAAGAAGCAAAAGAGAAGGAUAACAAACUGCUGUUUCAAAGUGAGAUAGUGGGACCUGCAAUUCACUACUUCUCAAUGGUGUCAAUACUAACACAUUGGACUGAAUGGCCUUUUUUUCUGCUGUGA